UCUGUCAAUAAUUUAUCCAAAACGUGUUCGUAGGUUAUCGAAUACAAGUAUAUGACGUGUUUUAUCCUGUAAAUGUGUGAGUGUAGUCGGUAUUUUUAAUCAAAAUGUUUCGGUAAUUGUGUAGUAUCAUUAUUGCCUCAUUUAACAAUUAAAAUGAUCAGAUAUUUAAUUAAUGUAUAGGCAUGCAAAUUAAAGAGUUGUGAUUAUGACACAUUACUGUAACUGUGAUGGUUAUUAUUGUAGGCCUAACAGUUAUUUAUCGAGUAACACUAGCAGUAGCACUAUACUUACACUACAGUUAAGUUAACGUUGUUUUAUAAAGCUGUAGGCCUAGGCCGAUUAAUAAUGCUUCUGGAAUUUUUAAAAUUUAAUUUCAAUGUUUAUUUCCGACAUAUGCUGGUUUAUAUAACACGCAUUACCUUUGGAAGGGCUAAAAGGCCAAAAAUGGAGGAUAUUUCCGUUCUGCACGUAAGCCGGUCAUUCAUAGUUGUGAAUAAAAGACAUGAUAUUCUUAUCAAUAUUGACAAAGAAGAAGGAAUGUCAGAAUUACCCGUAAGUGUAGAAAAUCAGCUCAAGACCCGUUUCCCACACUUAGUUAAUAGUAAUCUUGUUCAUAGUUUCCACUUUUGUCACAGACUUGAUUAUUCAACUAGUGGUGUAUUAGCUGUUGCCCUGACAAAGGAAGCUGCCAAAGAAGCUAUGCUGGUUUUCCAGAAUCGUCUAACACACAAGUACUAUCUUGCACUUUUACGUGGACAUUUAGACCAAGAAUAUACAGUAAUUAACAAAGGGAUUGGAAAAGAUACAAGAGAAAAUUUCACACAUUGCAUGUGCACAGAAGACAAAGGUUAUUGUAGUUUUCCCAAAAAAGCAGUCACACAAAUUAUUGUUCUCCAGAGAGGUCUGUAUGCCAAUUCCCCGGCAACUAAAGUAUUGUUAAAACCAAUAACUGGUAGGCGACAUCAGCUUCGUGUUCAUUGUAAUUUCAUCGGUCAUACCGUGGUUGGUGAUUACACAUACAGUAAUCGUCGAGACCUGGCUCCUUAUCGUAUGUUCCUACAUGCUUAUCGUUUGGUUUUGCCUACCAAGCUUGAACUUGUAGAUGUCUCUACAUGUGAUCCAUUUUCUGAAGAUGAUCCAAAAAACAAAUGGACACCUUUAGAAACACUCAAUACAUUGGACUGUUGUGUAUUUUCCGAGUUUCCCAACUGUGACGUUUUAAAGAUCUGAUGAUAACAUUAUAUAUGAAUCGAAAUUUAGACCACAAAAAAAAGUUUUGUCAUCAUCUUCCCAAAAUGAAAUUUGACAAUUGUUGUUUUAAACAAAUGCGUUAGACCAGUCAUGUUCAAGAACAUAUUCAUUUUUUUAGUUAUAACAAUUCUUUUGACGACUAAAAUAUUCUUGUGACAAACACAUAAAAAGUUGCAUGUCAUGAAUAUCUCGGGAAAAUGUAUUAUAUUCAGUUCAGACAAUAAAAUGCCCAUGUACCAUAUUUAAUGGUGGCUUUAGUAGUCUACUAAAAUGCAGAAGAUCAGUUAACAAAAAAUAAAACUAUUUACAUGUGAAAAAACUAAAUCCUUUUUAAUUUUCACUUUGUAUGAGAGUGAGUUCCACAUGGAUUCUUCUAAGUUUUAACAUAUAAGUAUAUAGUUCCUUUGUAAAAGAUGACAGACAUAAACAUAUUUUAACAAAUUUAUACAAUAUGUUCAUAUAUAUAUAUACAUAUAUGUAUAACAUUUUAAAUGUUCAUUUGUAUGUGUGUCUUGGAAUAUAAAAAUUAAUAUUUUACUUGGGGAUUAUUUUUGAUUUAGGUGGUAAAGUGUGGCUUGGGUUGACUUGAAUUCUGAAUUUGGGAGUAAUUGGAACAAGUAGAUGAGAAACCUGUUCGUUCCUUAUGAUUAGAAGCAAACAUUCCUGAUCAUACAAUUUGCUAUGUUCUGUAAAAGAACUUCAGACACUAAAUUUACACAAUAAAGUGUCUAAAGAUGAACUCUGGCAAACUGUUUCAGAAAUUAUUAAAAAUAAAUUGAUUAUGACAGACCUGUGAAAAUUUCUUUUAUAAGGUUUGUACUUAAGUUUGCACUACUGAUGUCAGGUUCAAGAUAUAUUUAUUUAGAUGAAUUAUUUUAAAUUUAAAUUUGUUUUUCUAUUGGGUAUAAGUCCAAGUGUUUUAGUAUGUAUUUAUUGUUGAGAGUAAUUUAAACUAGGGUGUGAGUAUUUUAUGUGUACACUCAGUUUACAAAGAAUUCUUCAAGUUAUCGUAUUAAAAGUACAUUUUUCAAAAUUAAAUCCAUUAACCAUGCCCAGGUAAUCUUGACCUAAAAAUAUGGUUACAUUAUAUUUAAAUAAACUUCUUUUAUAUUAAAUCACUAUAGGAUAAAGACUAAAAGAACAUUAAGAUGCUAAAUGACUACUACAUUCCAAAAAAUAUCCGACUUGGGUGAACACAAUUACCACAUUAAUUGCAUCAUAAACUGGUGGCUAGCACUAAAUCGUGGAGAUGGCUUAACAC